AUGGAAUGUGUGACAAUUGUUAACUAUACUAUACUCAUCAAUGGGGAAACAACUAAGCCAUUUGAUGCAGCUAGAGGGCUGAGGCAAGGGGAUCCAAUAUUCCCUUUUUUGUUUGCUACAGCAAUGAAGUACUUGAGCAGGAAUUUGAAGACUUUGAAGCAGGAAAAGGGAUUCCAUUAUCAUCCCAUGUGCUCAAGGCUGUAUUUAACUCAUUUGAGUUUUGCGGAUGAUCUCCUACUAUUUGUAAGAGGAGAUGCUGCAUCUGUAGCAUUACUACAUAACAGCUUCAACAUUUUCUCAGCAGCAACAGUGGCUAGGAUAUCCUCUUGGACAGCAAAGAAGCUAUCAUAUGCAGGCAGAAUCCAAUUGGUUCAACAUGUAAUCUUUGGUAUUCAAGCUUAUUGGGCGCAAAUCUUCAUCAUACCAGCAAAAGUUGUCAAAGCAAUUGAUGCCUACUUUAGAAGCUACGUGUGGUCGGGGGAGAAUAUAAUCACUAAAAAAUCUUUAGUGGCAUGGGACAGGAUGUGUGCACCUAGAGCAACAGGGGGACUUAACUUGAUCAACUUGGCACUAUGGAAUAAGGCUGCAAUCACAAAAACAUGCUGGGAAUUGGCAAACAAGAAAGAUAAGCUUUGGAUCAAAUGGAUCCAUAGCUAA